GAUGAGAGCACCUCCGUGCAGCCUUCCACCAGCGGGGAAGAAGAAAUGGCUGUUGUGGAAGUGGUUCGAAGUCAUAGAGAUCCUUUAGGUGGUGGACUGAUCAAGGAUCCAGUGAAAAGCAAGGAUUGCGGCCAUGUGUACGAUCGAACAACGCUGCAGCAGUACAUUCGUGAAAAUCGAGAACGACGUAAUGCAAUUUAUCAGUGCCCAUACAGUUUGUGUAGGAACAAGAAAAAUAUGUGUAUGGACGACAUGAUCGACUGCCCAGAAUUCCUGGCAUCCUGA